CCCCACUUUCUGCUCAUACAACCAAAGACAUACUGCGGUCGACUAAAUAUAUAAAUUGCUGAUAUAUCUAAUAAAUCAACUCUCAACUUUCUGCGCCCGUAAUACAAACUUUACAACAUGAACUUCUGUAAUCUACUCUUCCUUGGAGUCUACGCAUCCCAAUUUGCAUCAGCCUGGGAAUUCCCCCAUCCACCAACCUUCAGCCCCGGCCAGAGGCCCAUGUAUCUCGGCCCCGACGCAGAUGUCGACAUUGUGAGCGGGAGCCAGUUCAACGGCCUAAAGACGUACGCGAAUUUGCCGUAUCUCAACUGCUUCUCGGAUGCGGAAGCCGGAGCCGAGGGGAAGCAAUACGACAUUGCUUUCUUGGGGGCGCCUUUUGAUACUACAGUCACCGCUCGUCCCGGAGCUCGGUACGGACCCGGCGGCAUCCGGAUCGGGAGUCAGCGGAAGGGGGCGGAGGGCGGAUGGAGCGUGUAUACUGAAACCAAUCCCCUCAAGUCAUGGGCCACGAUCGUGGACUGUGGGGAUGUGCCGUUGACUUGGCUCGAUAAUAAUGUGGCAUUGAAGCAGCUGGACAAGGCUCAUAAGGUCGUGUCUGGCCGCAAAGCGGCGAAUGGGAGCUACUCAGUCACCCCACGCAUCAUCACGCUCGGUGGUGACCACACGACGACGCUGUCCGCGUUGAGGUCGACAUACGAGCGCUGGGGGCCGGUCUCGGUGAUUCACUUCGAUAGCCAUAUUGACACCUGGGACCCAGCAGUGAUCGGCGGUGGUAUCUCAGACUACGCUGGCCUAAACCACGGCACCUUCCUCCACGUCGCCCACGAGGAGCACCUCAUCCUCAACACCUCCAUCCACGCCGGCAUCCGCGCACCCCUAAUUCGAAAGGAGGGCGAUGUCAGGAACGACCUCCGCUGCGGCUUCCAGACCAUCAAAGCACGCGACUUGGAUAAGCUGGGGGCCGAAGGCGUCAUCUCGCUAAUCAUGAAACGGGUGGGUGAGUCCAAAGUAUACAUCAGUGUCGACAUCGAUGUGCUAGAUCCGGCUUUUGCCCCUGCUACAGGAACUGCCGAGCCCGGCGGGUGGACGAGCCGGGAGCUCUUGACUAUUCUGAAUGGGCUUCGAGGCCUCCGAGUUGUCGGCGCCGAUGUUGUGGAAGUGGCGCCCGUGUACGACAAUCCGGGCGAGACAACGGUGCUGGUAGCGGCCGAGGUCGCCUAUUCGUUGCUGGAGCUCAUGGUGCAGAAUCCGGUCAAAUCACUAGCUGAUGACAAUGAACAUGGUUCUUAGAAGUAACCAAGCUCGCGGUGGCACAAUCGCAACACCACGUAUGAACG